AUGCCCUUGGAAAUGUUCGGCGUCCCUUGGUUGAUGGACAUGCUGGACGUGGCGAGUUGGGUGACUUUCAGCUUUUGGACGAUUGACAUUCCACUGCACUUCUUCUUUGGCAUUCAGCUGGAGGGUGCUCUGGAACUACGCCCCUGCGAGCUCGCGCGGAUCUAUCUUCGCUCCUGGUUCUGGCUGGAUGUGAUGGUGGUCUUGAUCGACAUCUUCGUCUUCCUCCUCGAGGCGGUCCUGGUGAGUGGCAUGGAUGGCACCGUGUUCCGCUCCGCCAGGUACCUCCGCGUGCUACGGCUGCUACGGCUUUUCCGGCUCAUCCGGGUCUUCAAACUGACUCGGGAGCUCACCUUGUUGGCGAACCGCUUCCUUUCGACCCAUGCCUUUAUGGUCAUGAAGAUCGUCGCGGGGCUAUCGAUGAUGAUUGCCAUGAACCAUCUCAUCGCCUGCAGCUGGUAUGGCUUGGCCUCCAUGAGCGAUGGGGAAUCUUGGGUCUCCGUGAUGGGCUUGAAGCCCGAGGAGGCCUCCUUUGCGGACGCCUAUGCUGCGUCGAUGCACUGGGCGCUCACGCAAUUUACCCCGGCCACCAACAACAUCGCUCCAAUCAGCGGUCUGGAAAGGUUCUUCGCUAUUUGGAUCAUUUUGCUCGCCAUGGGUGUCUUCAGUUCCUUCAUCGGCUCCAUCACCACCACUGUCUCUUCCCUACGCUCCAUCCGCGCGGAGCAUUCGGCGAAGCAGUCCAAACUACUUCAGUUCUUCAUUGAGCGGGACCUUUCCGUGGAUCUCUUCAGCAAGGUGCAAGAAGCCUUGCGGCGUGAGGGAGCCUUUAAAGUGCGAAGCUCCGAGAAAGAGGUGGACUUGAUGCGAGGAAUUCCUGAACGCUUUAAGAUCCAACUCCACGAAGAGAUGUACGCUUUGACAUUGGUGAAGUUCCAAUUUUGGCCCGAUCGAAUGAAGGAAGAGGAUCAGUUCCUGAUCCGCCUCAUUUGCCACGAGGCCAUGGAAGAGGCUGCAGCCCCACCAGGGCAAGACGUCUUCCUGCCCGGCAGCGAUUGUGCACAGGCGUACAUCAUGCAGACGGGCGUCAUGAGCUAUCAGGCGAAGGAGCACCAGUUGGUGGAGUGCACGGGCGAGAAGAACAGCUGCCUGUGCAUGAUCACCUUGUGGGCGGACUGGUAUACCCGCGGGCGCUUGACGGCAUUGAAUGAGCUUUGCUACUACGUGAUCGUGGAUGCAGAGGCCUUUUGCACCGCCUGCGUGAACUUUGGGGGAAGCAUUUUUUCGCACCUGCAGAUCUUCGGCAUUUUCCUCGUCGGUCAUAUUGAAGUUUUGGACGAGCAGCACUUGAUGGUCACUGACCUUCCGGAUGAGAAGAUCUUGGAGGAAUUGAAGCAGCGCGCCAUCAGCUUCGCCGACUUCGCGCGAGCUGCCAAACGGACGAUCGGCAACUGGGUGGAGGGCUCCACCAAUAUGAACUCCUUCACUGGCGGGAACUGA